CCAAGAUGGCUGCGCCCUUGCAGAAGUGCUGAAGAAGUGCCUCUCCGAAGACAUUAUUAGGACUGUGCGUAAGUUCCGCGAAAGGCGCUGCACCGAACCCGCUCCCAGGCCGCUGGUUUGUAGGAGAAGCUCGCGGGACCCCAGUCAUCGGUAGGUUUGCUCCGUGCGUCGCGUGGCUGUGGCAGACUGUCCGUGUGAAGAUGGGCCUCGUCUCCAGCCCCUUCCCAUAGCGAAGAGCCGUGGGGAGAGGAGCCGCAGAUUCCCCUGCAAACAAGCGCCCGUCCAACUUGGCUUUGACGGGUUUGACAUCCUAUACCGGCUGUGGACGCUGCCCUACAACUUUCUCACCAGGAUUGUGUGUGCGACCGUAUCUGUCAUCGUCCGGAGACGGAGAGGUUCACCAGCCCGGGUCGAUCUUCCCACCGCACCAAGGGCCCUGAUGAAAAUGGACUCGGACUUGCUUCAUUCACCGGCCGUGGGCCUUGCAGAGGAAGAGGAGGCCGACAUGAAUGACUGGAAACUUCCUCUGGCUUUCAUGAAGAAACGACACUCGGAGAAGAUCGAGGGCUCCAAGGCUUUAGCCCAGAGCUGGAGGAUGAAGGACAGGAUGAAGACUGUGAGUGUGGCGCUGGUGUUGUGUCUCAACGUGGGAGUUGACCCCCCUGAUGUUGUCAAGACUUCUCCAUGCGCCAGACUGGAAUGCUGGAUAGACCCCCUGUCGAUGAGUCCACAGAAAGCUCUGGAGACCAUUGGGGGCAACCUGCAGAAGCAGUAUGAAAACUGGCAACCCAGAGCACGUUACAAGCAGAGCCUGGACCCCACAGUGGAUGAGGUCAAGAAACUGUGCACAUCGCUGAGGCGCAACGCCAAGGAGGAGCGUGUCCUCUUCCACUACAACGGUCAUGGAGUGCCACGACCCACUGUCAACGGAGAGAUCUGGGUUUUUAACAAGAACUACACCCAGUACAUCCCGCUGUCGAUUUACGACCUGCAGACGUGGAUGGGGAGCCCGUCCAUAUUCGUGUACGACUGCUCCAAUGCGGGGAUCAUAGUCAAGUCGUUCAAACAGUUCGCCCUGCAGAGAGAGCAGGAGCUGGAGGUGGCGGCCAUCAAUCCCAGCCACCCACUCGCCCAGAUGCCCCUGCCGCCUUCCAUGAAGAACUGCAUCCAGCUGGCCGCCUGCGACGCCAGCGAGCUGCUGCCCAUGAACCCCGACCUCCCCGCCGACCUCUUCACGUCGUGUCUAACCACGCCCAUCAAGAUCGCCCUGCGGUGGUUCUGUAUGCAGAAGAGUGCCAAGCUGGUGCCAGGGGUGACAUUAGACCUCAUUGAGAAGAUCCCUGGCAGGCUCAACGACAGACGCACGCCCCUCGGAGAGCUCAACUGGAUCUUCACAGCCAUCACAGACACCAUCGCCUGGAAUGUGCUGCCUAGAGACCUGUUCCAGAAGCUGUUCCGUCAGGACCUGCUGGUGGCCAGCUUGUUCCGCAACUUCUUAUUAGCCGAGAGGAUAAUGAGGUCGUACAACUGCACGCCGGUCAGCAGCCCCCGUCUGCCCCCAACAUACAUGCACGCCAUGUGGCAAGCAUGGGACCUGGCUGUGGACAUCUGCCUUUCCCAGCUGCCCACAAUCAUCGAGGAGGGCACUGCCUUCAGACACAGUCCUUUCUUUGCGGAGCAGCUGACGGCGUUCCAGGUGUGGUUGACGAUGGGUGUGGAGAACAGAAACCCUCCUGAGCAGCUCCCUAUCGUGUUGCAGGUCCUCCUGAGCCAAGUGCAUCGAUUGCGAGCUUUAGACCUGCUUGGACGAUUCCUGGACCUGGGGCCGUGGGCUGUCAGUUUGGCCCUGUCUGUGGGGAUCUUCCCAUACGUGUUGAAGCUGCUUCAGAGCUCAGCCAGGGAGCUACGGCCACUGCUGGUUUUCAUCUGGGCCAAGAUCCUGGCUGUGGACAGUUCAUGUCAAGCAGACUUGGUGAAGGACAGCGGGCACAAGUACUUCCUGUCCGUGUUGGCCGACAGCUACAUGCCGGCUGAGCAUCGAACCAUGGCCGUCUUCAUUUUAGCCGUUAUCGUCAACAGCUACAACACAGGGCAGGAGGCCUGUCUGCAGGGCAACCUCAUAGCCAACUGCCUGGAGCAGCUGUCGGACCCCCACCCGCUGCUCCGCCAGUGGGUGGCCAUCUGCCUGGGCCGCAUCUGGCAGAACUUCGACCCGGCACGCUGGUGCGGAGUCCGGGACAGUGCCCACGAGAAGCUGUACACCCUGCUCUCAGAUCCCAUCCCCGAGGUGAGGUGUGCAGCUGUCUUUGCUCUGGGGACGUUUGUGGGGAACUCUGCUGAGAGGACGGAUCACUCCACCACCAUCGACCACAACGUGGCCAUGAUGCUGGCCCAGCUCAUCAACGACGGGAGCCCUGUGGUCCGCAAGGAGCUGGUGGUGGCACUGAGUCACCUGGUGGUCCAGUAUGAAAGCAACUUCUGCACGGUAGCGCUCCAGUUUAUAGAAGAAGAAAAGAACUACACAGUGCCGUCGCCGGCCACCACCGCAGAGCCCGGUAACUUGACGCCAGUGAGGGACAGCCCGGCCAUCCCACGCCUGCGGUCGGUCAACUCCUACACCAACAUCCGGGCCGCCACCACAGCACGCAACCUGAACAAGAGCCUGCAGAACCUCAACCUCAACGAGGAAGGAGGACCAGCAGCUUUUUCUCCUGGUAACCUGAGCACCAGCAGCAGCGCCAGCAGCACCUUAGGGAGCCCCGACAACGACGAGUACAUCCUCUCCUUUGAGACCAUUGACAAAAUGCGACGGGUGUCAUCGUAUUCUUCCCUCAACUCCCUCAUAGGUGUGUCCUUCAACAGUGUCUACACUCAGAUCUGGAGAGUGCUGCUGCAUCUGGCUGCGGACCCCUUUCCUGAAGUGUCCGAUCUGGCCAUGAAGGUCCUGAACAGCAUCGCUUAUAAGGCGACGAUGAAUGCGCGCCCUCAGAGGAUUCUGGAUUCUGGAUCGCUCACCCAGUCGGCCCCAGCCAGCCCGACAAGCAAGGGCACGCACAUCCACCAGGCCGGCGGGUCUCCUCCCAUGCCCAGCACCAGCAGCUCCAGUCUGACCAACGAGGUGCCCAAGCCCCCCACCAGGGAGCCGCCGGCCGCCCGUCCCCCCUACACCCCCACUCUGGGAGGACAGGCGCCCCACUCCCAUCAGUUCCCCCGCACCCGCAAGAUGUUCGACAAGGGCCCAGAGCAGGCAGCUGAGGACGGGGACGAGCCAGGCAGCCACAGGAACUACAUCAGUGCAGCGCUGCAGACGGGCCUGUGUGACUGGAGUGCCAAGUACUUUGCUCAGCCUGUUAUGAAGAUGCCGGAGGAGCAUGACCUGGAGAGUCAGGUGAGGAUGGAGCGCCAGUGGAGGUUUCUGAGAAACGCGCGUGUGAGGAGGCACAGCCGGAGCAUCACGCAAAGAGGUGUUUCCCGUCUGGAUGAUCAAAUAUUCAUCAACCGCAACCCUGGAGUCCCGUCUGUUGUGAAGUUCCAUCCCUUCAACACCUGCAUCGCAGUGGCUGACAAGGACAGCAUCUGCUUUUGGGAUUGGGAGAAGGGCGAGAGACUCGACUACUUCUACAACGGAAACCCUCGCUACUCUCGCAUCACGGCCAUGGAGUACCUGAACGGACACGACUGCUCGCUGCUGCUCACCGCAACAGACGACGGAGCGCUGCGCAUCUGGAAGAACUUUGCCGACCAGAAGAACCCGGAGAUGGUGACGGCGUGGCAGGGCCUGUCAGACAUGCUGCCCACCACCCGAGGUCAGCCUUCUGCCAGCACUCACAGUCUGGCCAGAAGGGUCUCCAUCUAUCUUGACAGGAGUAAGCAAGGAGGUGCGGGCAUGGUGGUGGACUGGGAGCAGGACACGGGUCUGCUGAUGACAUCUGGAGACGUCCGGGUCAUCAGGAUCUGGGACACGGACCGGGAGAUGAAAGUGCAGGACAUCCCCACAGGAGCCGACAGCUGUGUGACCAGCCUGUCCUGCGACUCCCAGCGCUCGCUCAUCGCCGCCGGCCUCGGCGACGGCUCUGUCCGCGUCUUCGACCGGCGGAUGGGUCCAAAUGAAUGUCGGGUGAUGACCUACAGGGAGCAUGGAGCCUGGGUGGUCAAAGCUCAUCUCCAGAAGGAGCCAGACGGACACGUUAUCAGCGUCAGCGUCAAUGGAGACGUCCGGUUCUUCGAACCGCGGACUCCGGACUCCGUCAACAUGCUGCAGACCGUGAAGGGGCUGACAGCCUUGGACAUCCACCCACAGGCCAACCUGUUCGCGUGUGGAUCAAUGAACCAGUUCAUAGCUGUGUAUAACGCUAACGGCGACGUGAUCAGCAACAUUAAGUAUUACGACGGCUUCAUGGGACAACGCAUUGGAGCCAUCAGCUGUCUGGCCUUCCAUCCUUACUGGCCUCAUUUGGCCGUAGGCAGCAACGAUUACUACAUGUCCAUCUAUUCAGCAGAGAAGCGGCUGAGAUAACACCAGCGUUCAUCGCCCACCCCCCCACCACCACCAAAGCCACCACAUAUGACUUUUGACCCAGAGCGUUGAUCUCUGGGAUGUAAAUGAUUUAUUAUUUUUUGUUGUUGCUGUUGUAAAUAUGAAGUUUACCACCCUGAAUGUCCUUGUUAUGGCUGCUGACAAAAACCAUGCUAUGAACGAUUACAUAUAUUAUUAUUAUUGUUUAUUCGUACUCUUAUUAUGAAGCUAAUGAUUGUACACUUGGCUGGGUGGAGGAGUGUGUAUAUUUAAAUAGCAGAUGUAGAAGAAAAAAGGUUCUAUUUUGAAAACUAAGUGGUACCCACCCAUGGGAACGGACUGUGGCCAAGCAGGUGUGGUGAGGGGGCGACAUGCCGCCAGAACACGCUCACCCAGACGGGGAACUCGGACUUUCCUUCCCACUGGACCCCGCCGUGUUCAUCCACGCUGACUCACAGCUGGAGGACCUGGAGUCGGCAGAACCCUCGUAAGGACUGAGCUCCUCCCUGCCUGAACCCGCAGCGGGUGAACGUGACGAGUGUGUGUUUGAAUGUGCGCGUUGAAGCCAGUGAUAGCACAGACGCCCCCCCGUGGGCCUCCAUAGCCUUCAAACAAAACCACACCUCGCCCGCGCUGCUCCUUACUGCUUCCAGAACCCCAGCGUGCCAAAUCCACUCAUACUUUCCAUGUGAGCUCUUAUUUUUGUGUGUUUGUUUUUAACUUCCUGUCUGUGCACACGCGGCCCGCGCCCUGCGUUUCCCAGCGUCGCUUCGAAGCUGACGCAGUAACUGCUGCUCUCGGUGGGAGUAGUACUCGCAGGUGACACGCUACAGCAAUACGAACCAUCUUUUAUUUUGGAGGAAACCUGUUUCUUUUCCCCUUUUAAUUUUAUUUUAUCACCACCACCAUCAGGCGUUGGAGCUGUGACCCCCUGAUGUUCCUCGUUUUAGUCCGUGUCCUAAAUCUUGCUCAGGUACUUCAUGAGCUGCAUCAAGCAAAGUCCAGCCUCUGGAUCCUCCACAGCUCGGCGGCCGGCGAGGCCGGAGGCUCCACAGAUCUUUAGUUUCCAAAUCAUGUUAGUGUAAGUGUCACUGUGGUGCUGCCGUUCAGUGAAAAAACGAUGCCUCUCAAUAAAUAUUUCUAUGUUUAGUACCGUGUGUGCGUGUACGUGCAUUUUCAUACCGAAGUGAGGACAUUUUGGCCGGCGCUCACUUAUUUGAAGGCCUGUUUGAGAGUUAAGUUGUGAUUUUUAGGGCUGAGGUUCAUAUUAGAGCAAGGGUUAUACGUCUGCCUUUAGUUUUGAUGGAUAGUGUUAUGGUAAGGAGCAAGGAAAGGCAUUAUGUCAAUGGAGGUCCUCACUUCUAUGGAAGUACAAGGGUGUGUGUGUGUGUGUGUGUGUGUGUGUGUGUGUGUGUGUGUGUGUGUGUGUGUGUGUGUGUGUGUGUGUGUGUGUGUGUGUGUGUGUGUGUGUGUGUGUGUGUGUGUGUGUGUGUGUGUGUGUCUGUGUGUCACCAUUCGCGUGCCUCUGUUCUGGGGCAGCAGCUUUGCUUAUUUAGCUUUUUAACUUUAUUUUUUCUUUUGUUUCCUCUGUACUUUUGAUUUGCUGCCGUUUCGUUUGCCUUAUAAACACACAUGUAUUGACUCUCGCUCACUCACUGCACUUCAGUCUUUCCUCCUGUGACCCCUCCUUCCACUGCUGUUCUGUUCUGUUCUUUCCUGCCUAUCAGGAAUUCGAAGCUUGCUUUUCCCUGCAGAAGUGAAUACUGUGGGAGCAUCACACAUGUCCACCACUGUCACUGAGCGCUUUUAACAAGUGCUUCACCUUGUGGGUGCCGUCGCUCAGAAUCACAUUCAUCUCUAAUUGUCCUGCUUUGAGUUUUAAGAUUUUAAGUCUGGAGUAAAAGGAAAAGGCUUUAAAGUAGCAAAGAAGCAAAAGUGAGAACAAUCAGGUUUGCCUCUGUGACUUUGCUUUGCUGACUGUGGUUUAUAGGACGAGUUGAACCGAUGUAAUAAACCAAACACAACAGCA